UACACGAGGUCAUAAACCCUAUUUCCUCUCUGAGCAGCAAUUCUUCCCCAAUUCCCUAAACCCUAAUCACCCGCCGUUCAACAAUGGCGGAAUCCUUCCCUGUUAAGCCGAAGCUCCGCCCCACCUCCAGCAAACUCACUCCCACCCCGGAGGCCAAGUACUGGCGAUCCUUCAAAAUCCCCAAAGAUAUCGAAACCACACCUUCCAAAUCCUUCACUUUCCCAAUAAAUUCCAUCGCCUUUUCGCCGACAGCCCCUCACGAUUUCGUCGCCACGCAUUCCGCCAGCGUCUCCAUCUUCUCCGCCACAACUCUCGAGCCUAAACCCCCAAUCUCCUCCUUCUCCGACACCGCCGCCGCCGUCUCCUUCCGCUGCGACGGAAAACUCCUCGCCGCCGGAGACCUGACCGGCACCGUCCACGUGUUCGACGCAAAAUCCCGCAGCCACCUCCGCCGCCUGAAAGGCCACGCCGCCGCCGUCCGGUCAGUGAAUUACCCUCGCGCCGCAGAUAAGCUCCACCUCUUUUCUGGCGGAGACGAUUCCGUUGUCAAGUAUUGGGAUGUCGCGACCGAGAAAUGCGUGUUUAAUCUGCUAGGGCACAAGGAUUAUGUGCGCUGCGGCGAUGCUUCCCCGAUUAGCGAUGAAAUGUUCGUUUCCGGAUCGUACGAUCAUAGGGUUAGGGUUUGGGAUGUGCGCGUGUCGAAUUCGGGCUCUGUGUUGGAAUUGAAUCACGAGAAGCCUGUGGAGAGUGUGAUUUACCUCCCCUCCGGAGGCCUAAUCGCCACGGCCGGUGGGAAUUUCGUUAAGAUAUGGGAUGUGAUUGGCGGUGGGAAGCUGCUGUAUUCGAUGGAGAGCCAUAUCAAGACGGUUACCGCCCUCUGUAUGGGGAAGGUCGCGCGAGGGGGCGGAGAGGAAGAAGCCGAGGGGAAUAGGAUAUUGAGUGUUGCAUUGGAUGGAUAUAUGAAGGUGUUUGACUAUGCAAAGCUGAAGAUCACUCACUCCAUGAGGUUCCCGGAGCCGCUUCUCUCAGUUGAAUUUUCGCCCGAUUGCUCCACUCGUGUCAUAGGGACGUCGAAAGGGAACUUGUAUAUCGGGAGAAGGAAGGCGAAGGUGGAGAGCGAGGAAGUAGGAGCUACUAAUUCGCAUUGGAAAAUCGUGGAUGAUGAGCCGGGGAGGAAGGUUCUAAGGCCUUCGUACUUUAGGUACUUCCAGCGAGGGCAGAACGUGAAGCCCUCGGAAGGGGAUUACUUGAUCAAGAGGGCGAAGAAGGUGAAGAUGGCCGAGUUCGAUAAGCUGUUGAGGAAGUUUAGGCACAGGGAGGCGCUGGUAGCUGCUUUGAACAAGAGAAAUCCGGAGAGUGUCGUGGCUGUGAUGGAGGAGCUGGUGGCGCGCAGGAAGUUGAUGAAAUGUGUAGCCAAUUUGGACGUGGAGGAGCUCGGGUUGCUGUUGGUGUUUUUGCAGAAGUACUCCACCAUGCCACGAUAUGCAGGGCUGCUGAUGAGGUUGGCGAGGAAGGUCGUUGAGUCGAGGGCAGAGGAUAUAAGAUCUUCAGAUGAACUAAGAAAUUCUAUCAGAAAUCUGAAGAGAGAUGUUGAAGAGGAGAUGAGAAUACAAGAGUCUUUGCUAGAAAUACAGGGGAUAAUUUCACCAAUGCUGCUGAUUGCUGCUAGAAGGUGAAGUUAGUGAGAUGAGUUCUGUUUGAUCUACUAAGAUUUUGUUGGAGUUGGGAGUCAUGUUUUUGAUAGGAUUGAUCUCUAUUAUAUUGUUGUUUGUUUUCCCUUUUUGAUGCCAAGGUCAAUUUUUAAAAAAAACAGAAUCAUUUCUGGUUCACAUAGUAAAAACAGUUUUAACUUUGAUCUUUC